CCGCCCGGUCGCCGCGGACGAAGCUGCUCGGCGCGCGCGCGGCGCGGGGCUGGCGGUUGGCAGUCGUGUGAGGGUGGGCCCCCCGAUCGAUAACCGUGUCCUGGCCGUCUCGACCCGACCUCCUCCAUGAGAACGAUGAGUGCCCUGCUGGACUAGGCCCGCACGCGCAGGGCCCCCCGAACAGCGAUGGCCAGGGUAAGGGAGACCAGGGAGUACUACCUCAAGUUCUCGACGCCGACCACGGAGCAGCCCCCGUCUCUGACAUCGCUGGCCAACGACGUCGACGACUUUGUCCUGGUGCAGAACGAUGCGAAGCCACCGGCGGUCAUCUUGCUGGGCUGGGCGGGCUGCCUGGACAAGCACCUCGCCAAGUAUGGCACCAUCUACUCCGAGAAAGGGUGCGUCACGCUGCGCUGCACCGCGCCCCUGGAGUUCAUGUUCCUGAGGCGGGGCAAGAUGCGCGCCCUGGGCCGGCGCGUCCUCGACGACAUCAUGGACCUGAACCUCAACGAGCACCCCAUCUUCUUUCACGUGUUCAGCAACGGCGGCGCCUACCUCUACAAGCACGUGGCGCUCGCCAUGCAGGAGAGGGCCGCCCCCGUCAAGGUGCUUGGCGUGAUCUGGGACUCGUCGCCCGGCGUGGGUUGCUUCCGCUCCAUGUACCUGGCCUUUAAGGCCAUCAUGGAGUCCCGCUGGCCGUUGCUGGCGCCCUCGGGGACCGGGGUGUCGGAGGCGCUGGGGCUAGGCGCGUGGCCGCUGUGGCCGGGGUUGGCGUUGCCCAUCGCCCUGGCGCUGGCCAUGGUCAUGACAGCCUGGUGGCUGGUCGAGGUGCUCCUGCAAUCCAUGACCUCCCUCAGGCCCCAGCCCCUCGACCCCCUGGCCGAGCUUGACAACGUCCCCACCGCCUACACCGGCGCACACCUCUUCCUCUACUCCCCCGCCGACGAGCUGAUCCUCGCUCAGGACGUGGAGCGCUUCGCCGGGCACCGUCGGGGCAUGGGCGAGCUGGUGACGGCCGUCCGCUUCGAGGACUCGGCGCACGUCCAGCACUACCUCGCCCACCGGGAGACCUACACCGAGGCCGUCUACUCCUUCAUGAGGGACGUCCUGAGCGGGCGGCGACCGUCGCCCUCCUAGGAGACGCCCUUCCUGUCCCCCGCUUCUUGCGGCGUGAAUCUCGUUAAUAAGCGGCCUUAUCAUGGGAACCGCCGGGCUAAGAAGGAAAGUUAGAGGUAGCCAAGAAAGUUUGAGCUACAAAGUGAGGCCUACCAAGGGGCGCUCUCACCCCUCCCCCCCUUACUUUCACCUUGGUGUGUGGCCCCAGAGGGCGCCCCUCUCUCCUUAUUUCCGUAUGCCUCGAGUAGGUGUCAGUUAUGUGAGCCCCAAAUCCUACCUAUUGCAUUUGCCAAAGUAGAGUCGAUAGAGUGUCUAAUCCAAAUUGGUUGUGAGUGUUUAGACAAAGGUAUAAAUGUAGACAUUUUCUCUCUGAUCUAGGGUGAGACGGGUUUGCCAGAAAGUUGUGCAAAAAAACAACAACAAAAAACAACAACAAACAAACGCCGGAGCACAACGGGGAACGUACCUUCGCCUGCCUAUACUAGGCAACAUCAGCGUACGCGUGCAGAGGGGUUGCCUAGUUGCCUAGUAGGCAGGCGUCGAUAAAACAGCCCUCUGAAGUACCCGGUGGUUUUUUGCCUACCUUUUCUGGCGGCUCUGGAGACAAUCAUUCCGUUCCCAUUGCCGGCGGUGUGUGAACUUUAAAUGGUGACGAAACCUCGAUCCACAAUUUUCACUACAAUGAUUUCUAAGUUUUGCAUCUAUGUCCUUAAGGGCUUCAGUAUCUUUGGCUUCCCAUCUCUUGCGUGAGCAAAACUGCGGCUUUACCAAAAAGCACGCCUCGAUCAGUUUAUUGUUUUCAGAAGUUUUCGAGAACAAUAUUUUAGGUAUCCCAUUCACUUUCGUUAGUAUACUCACAAUUUAUCCGUGUUAAUGUUAAAGUAGGGAAAUGCACCGAGCGAUUUAAAAGCUACUAAUUCCACAUAAUUUUCAGAUAAGUGGAAGACAGUUAUUUAAGAGCAGUAUUUAUGUGGCCAGCUUAUUAAAAGUAAGUGCGCCUUUUCUGUACUUAUAAAUCUUGUAUGUUGACUUCAAGUUUUGUGAUAUUUAUUUUGUAGUUGAUGACAGAAUAACUUAAACCAAUUUUAAUAGUUUACAAUUGAUUCUUAUUUUUCUGUGAUUAUUUCGAUUCGUCCGUGACGUAUGUUACUAAUUUUUGAGUUGUAUUGCUUUUUGUUAUGUAGCAGGAGAGUAUUCAUUAUGCUGUGAUAAACUAUUGUUGGGAACCUGAAAGCACAAGAAAGCAGAGAAUGGCCAAAUGUUACUUUCUAUCCUCUAUUUAACAAAAGCACUUGCACGAUUUGCAUUUCGUGUGCACUCAAUGAGAUGGGCAAGAUAUGGGAGAUUACAUCAGUGCUUCCAGUCAGUUUAGUGAUAUGAAAAGAAACGGCUAGUGUUCCUCUAGCAACGUACGCGUCGCAAUUGACGAUUUUUUAGCUAAUGAGAGAAAGAUGCCCGCGCUCUUUAGCUUGUAUCAGUGUUGUGUAAAAAUGUACAUUUUUUGUGUCUUCUUCCCAUUUGAAAGAAUAAAAGAAACGAUGGUGAAAUGAA